AUGAACAUUGGGUCACAAAACAAGAAAGAAGCUGCCAGCAGUGUCUUUCAGUCUGAGCCCUAUACUCAUGUUAUGUCACGAUUAGAGAUUGAGAUUGAGUCUGGAAGAUUGGCCAUACGAUGCGAUCGUAGUCCUCACUCUGAUGUUGGUGCACGAGAAGCUCUUCUUCAAAUGCUUCUUAGUUACAACCCUAUCUGGUUAAAAUUAGGUCUUGAAACAAUAUUUGGAGAAGAAAUUGUUGUAAUUAACAAUCAACAAAGUCUUUCACAAGUUCUCUCACUUUAUAUACAGUCGCGAUUACUUAACAAUCAUCAAAUAGCAGACCAGUAUUAUCAACCAACUGUACUAGGACACUAUGGACAAGGUUUUAAUGAAGCUCUUUGUCAGUUUAUUUUAAAGAAAUUUCUGUUACUUAUUUUACUGUUGGAUAAAGCUAAACUUACUCGACUUAUUGAUCAUAAUCCUUGUCUGUUUGUCAAAGAUGCUCAAAUCAAGUCAAGUCGGGAGAUGUUGCUAAGUUUUUCACGUAACUUCUUAUCAGGAGAGGGAGACUUAACUCGUCACCUCCAACACUUGGGGUAUUCAGUCUCUCAUGUACAGUCUUCAUUGGAUGAGUUUGACUAUACAGUGACUAAUUUGGCCACUGAUCUUCAAGAUGGUUUAAGAUUAACGAGGUUAGCUGAAAUAUUAACAGGAGAAUGGAAGUUUUCAGAACUACUAAGAACCCCAGCUACCACAAAGAUGCAGAAACUACAUAAUGUAGAGAUUGCUUUAAAAUCUUUCUCUAAUUAUUUGAACAUACCUGCUGGAACUACAACUCAAAGUAUUGUUGAAGGACAUCGAGAGAAGACAUUAACUCUGCUAUGGGCUAUUAUAUUCCACUUCAAAUUACCUUUACUUGGAAGUGUUCCAUUGAUGGUACAUUUUAAAGACAUGUCUAACACACUACCAGAUGAAAAGGUUGUCAUAGCUUUUGUUUCUUAUCUUUGUCAUCGACUUUUGUUACUAAGGAAAGAGACUCGUUCUGCUGUUAUACUUCAAAGAGCUUGGAGAAGAAUACAAUCUAAAAGAAAGGAGAUGCUUCAUUUGGCUAGAGCUAACAAAAGAUUGACUGCUACUAUCAAAAUACAAUCAACAUACAAAGCAUUUAGACAGAGGAAACAAUACCUUAUAAUACUAAAAAGUGUUAGAACCAUACAAUCUUAUAUUAGAGCCACACUUACUGCUAAACAACAGAGGGUUGCAUAUCUUAAACUCAGAGCCUCAGUGAUAGUUUUGCAAUCUUACAUGCGUCGAUGGCAAAAGUACUGGAGAGCUACACUAUUAGCUAAUAGACAAAGGAAAGCAUAUAUGGAAUUAAAACAAACAGUAGUUGUCCUUCAAUCUCAUUACAGAAGAUACCAAGUACAAAAAAUGCUAGCCAAACAAAACAGAGCAGCAACUAUACUACAGUCACAUAAGUACUGGAGAGCUACACUAUUAGCUAAUAGACAAAGGAAAACAUAUAUGGAAUUAAAGCAAGCAGCAGUUGUCCUUCAAUCUCAUUACAGAAGAUACCAAAAGGUGGCAGUUCAGAGGGAGAUAACUCGACAACAUCAAGCAGCUACAAUCAUUCAAUCAUGGAUACGUCGCUAUAACCAGAGAAAACAGUACCUCACUUUAAAACACAGUGUCAUUGUACUACAGAUGUAUUGGAGAGCUACUUUAGCUUGUAAGAAAGAAAGGAUGACCUAUUGUAGGAUGAAGGAGGCAGCAAGUUGUACAAUAACAUUACAGAAGUACUGGAGAGCUACACUAUUAGCUAAUAGACAAAGGAAAACAUAUAUGGAAUUAAAGCAAGCAGCAGUUGUCCUUCAAUCUCAUUACAGAAGAUACCAAGUACAACAGUAUAUAGCUAUACAACACAGUGCAGCUAUGACAAUUCAAGCUAAUGUUAGAGGCUACUUAGUUAGAACAAGUUAUUUGGCUCUGAAAAAAAUUGUCCAAACUCUCCAAACAUAUUGGAAAGCUAUGCUUUUAGCUAGACGACAGAGAAAACGAUAUCUUGAAAUGAAACAGGCAGCCAUUGUUAUUCAGUCCCACUUUAGAAGAUGGCAAGUUGAGCAACAAGUUAAACUGCAACACACUGCAGCUAUAGUUCUACAAUCGCAUUAUAGAGCAUACGUUACUAGAAAGUAUUUCCUAGUCUUAAAGACAGCUACCAUACUUAUUCAAACAUAUUGGAGAGCUACCCUUGUGGCUCGUACUCAACAUCAGAAGUAUUUAGAAAUGAAAUAUGCUGCUAGAGUUAUUCAGACCUCUUAUCGUCACUAUAGAAAAUAUAAAGCUGCCAUUUGUAUACAAGCAUAUGUUAAAGCAUUUUUAACUCGACAACAAUACAUGAGACUUAAAAAUGCUGCCAUAAUCAUACAAGCUAGAUGGAGAGCACAACUAGCUAUGAGGCAGACCAGAACAGAAUACCUAAUGAUCUAUGAUUGUAUUGUCUUCCUUCAAGCUUGCACGAGACGACAGUUAGCUCUAAAACGUUAUCAAGCUUUGCGUCAAGCUUCCAUAACUCUACAAGCUCACACGAGAGGCUACUUAACUCAGAAAGUAUACAAAUCACAGAAACAAGCAGCUAUUAAGAUCCAGUCGUGUUUGAGAGGAUACUGGACGCAAAGAAACUAUCAACAAAUGAGAAAGGCAGCCAUUACU